AUGCGGUUCGGACGGACGUUGAAACACUCCAUCUAUCCUCCCUGGCGAGGGAAGUACAUCGAUUAUCACAAGCUCAAAGUUCUCCUGAGGGAAGAUGAUGUCACCGGAGACGGCAGUGACUCGGAGAGCUCGCAGUGGACGGAGCAGGACGAGGAAGCCUUCGUUCAGGAAUUGAUCAACGUUCAGCUGGAUAAGGUCAAUGCAUUUCAGGUAGAGAUGUCCCAACAGCUCAGAGAACGCACAUCGGCUUGCGAAACAAAACUGCGCCCGCUUGCUCCCAAUGUGGACCAAGAGAACCCCGUUACCGAUGAACAAGAGCGGAGAAGAAUUGCCUCCAACGUCCUCCACGAGCUUGACAGCAUCACAAAAGAAGUUAGUGAGCUGGAAAAAUAUAGUCGCAUCAAUUUCACUGGGUUUUUGAAAGCGGCGAAGAAACACGAUCGCAAACGCGGGGCUCGGUACCGGGUGAAACCUCUGCUCCAAGUCCGCUUGUCUCAAUUACCGUUCAACACUGAGGAUUACUCGCCCCUCGUCCGCCGACUCUCCGUGCUAUACUCUUUUGUUCGUGAGACCUUGAGUCAGGGUGUAGUUGAGCCCAAGGACCCGGAGGCUCCUCGCUUCGGACACGAUUCCUACUCCUCAUUCAAAUUCUGGAUUCAUGCCGAUAACCUUUUGGAGGUCAAGACCUAUAUCCUUCGACGACUGCCUGUGUUAAUCUACAACCCGGGUUCGUCGAAGAACCCCACGACCCUUCCUGACGACCCCGCCAUUACAUCCUUGUACUUUGACAACCCCCAAUUCGAUCUCUAUAACCAGAAAGUCGCCCGGUCGCCCGAGGCCGGUUCCUUAAGGCUGCGGUGGACGGGUAACUUACAGGACAAGCCGCCAAUUUUCUUGGAGAAGAAGAUUGUCACCGAUGACGACCGCAGCAGAGAAGUGAGGGUUCAGCUGAAACAGAAGCAUGUGAAAGAGUUCCUGGAGGGCGAGUACCGACUUGACAAGCAGGUGCAUCGGAUGGAGGAUAUGGGUAAUGGCGAAGUGGAACAAGCGGAGACGCUGAAGAGAGAUGUUGAGGAACUCCAGUCCUUCAUCAAGGAGAACAACCUCCAGCCUAUGCUUCGCGCCAAUUACACUCGCACCGCGUUUCAGAUUCCUGGAGAUGACCGGAUCCGUAUCUCCCUCGACACGAACCUGGCCUUGAUCAGGGAAGACUGCCUGGACUAUGAGCGGCCCUGCCGUGACCCGAACGAGUGGCAUCGGCUCGAUAUCGAUGAUGUCGGCAUGGGAUAUCCGUUCAAUCCAAUCAGAACAGGCGAAAUCGUCCGCUUCCCAUAUGGUCUACUGGAGAUCAAGCUGAGAGGGGAGACAGCGCACAAGGCGGAGUGGGUGAACGACCUGAUGGUCUCCCACCUGGUCAAGGAGGCACCUCGCUUUUCCAAGUUUGUACAUGGCAUUGCCCAGCUGUUCGAAGACCACGUCAACAGCUUCCCCUUUUGGCUGGGUGAAAUGGAAAACGAUAUCCGACGAGAUCCUGAAACGGCCUUCCAUGAAGAACAAGAGCGAUUGGCGAAGCGCGCGGAGGAUGACAUCGCAGUAGGAAGCUUCCUGGGAACAAGAUCGAGCCCCACGGUCAAACCUCUCGUCGGGUCCCCUGUAGCGCGCUACACGGAUGUCGAGUCCCCCGUGCGACAGCGACAGCCCUCAUACACAGUCACGUCGACGGCUGCGCGUCCCAUCCCUGGUCGCGAGCCUUCCGUGGAGGCCGAGCUGCCAGCUGAACCGCCCGUCCCUAUGUCCCGACUCGCGACCUUGUUCCCCUCGUUCCUGACAUCUCGCUCUGACCGCAACCGGAAGGUGUUGGCUCCCUUGCCCCCUGGUGUGAAAGAGCCUGGCUUUUGGAUCAAGGAUUCGGGGCCGAUCCGCGUGGAAAGCAAGGUGUGGCUUGCCAACCAACGAACGUUUAUCAAAUGGUUGCAUAUCAGCAUUCUGCUUUCCUCUCUUUCCUUGGGAUUGUAUAACGCCGCGGGGAAGCACAACGACAUUGCUCGAGCUCUUUCUAUUGUCUAUACGUUUUUCGCCAUAUUCUCGGCGGUGUGGGGAUGGUAUAUGUACGAGAAGCGGUCUCGACUCAUCAGACAGCGUAGCGGACGAGACUUGGACAACACGUUCGGACCGAUUGUUGUGUGCAUCGGAUUGGCAGUUGCUCUGGUAUUGAACUUUGCCUUCAAGUACAACUCUACGCUUGAAAAGCUUCGUGGGCAGAACCCUCUGUCCUCAUCUGCAUGGAACACCUCUGGGGUUGAUGAGGCUAGUGUGCUCGUCAACCAGGGUGGCCAGACAUUGUAA